AGUCAGGUGUAGCCUGCAUCUCACGUCUCCAGAUAGAAUUGGAGAGGGUCGAGGGAGUUUUUGGGUGUCAAAGAUGAAGACUCUUGUAUUAGCUCCUUCACCUCUACGCACCUUUUCCCCAUUUUCACGCUUUCUAUACCCUAAUCUCAACAAUAAUGCUACUCAUAACUACCUUCUUUCUCCAUCUCCAUCUAAAUCCUUUUCCUCACUAACCUCAAUUCGUCCUCUUCUCGCCAUGGCUUCUCAGAAUGUAUCAUCUGGUGAUGAGGUUGAUAUCUUUCAGUUGAUUCAAGCUCAUCAGGAAAAGGCUGCUAGGCUAUCUCCUAUUGAAGAUGUUAGAACACUUCUUCAUUAUAGCCUCCGUGGUGUGCUUUCUACUUUCUCUCAGAAGUAUGAGGGCUAUCCUUCAGCUUCCAUGGUAGAUUUUGCAUGCGAUACCUACGGAUCUCCAAUAUUAGCUGUUAGCAACUUGGCUGUUCACACCAAGGACCUCCUAGCUACUUCUAGAUGCUCAUUGCUUGUUGCAAGAGAUCCUGAAGAUAGGACUGACUUAGUAAUUACAGUGCAUGGUGAUGCUGUUCCUGUACCGGAAACAGAGAAAGAAGGUAUUCGAGCCACAUAUCUGGCUAGGCACCCUAAGGCAUUUUGGGUUGACUUUGGUGAUUUCCAAUUCAUGCGCAUUGAACCCAGAAUUGUACGUUAUGUAUCGGGCGUUGCAACUGCCAUAUUGGGAUCUGGAGAAUUUAGCAAAGAGGAGUUUAGAACAGCUAAAGUAGAUCCAAUAUACCAAUUUUCAAAGCCAAUCACGUCACAUAUGAAUAAAGAUCAUACGGAGGAUACCAAGCUGAUUGUGCAGCACUCGACAUCAGUUCCGGUGGACUUUGCGUACAUGUUGGAUGUAGACAGUCUUGGUUUUAAUGUCAAGGCUUGCUACAAGGACACCGACUUCAAGCUUCGAGUUCCAUUCCCUAGACGUGCUGUAGACAGAAAGGAUGUGAAGGCACUUAUUGUUGAAAUGCUUCAGGCUGCCAGGACUUAGGCUCAUUGACUAACCAUUAUGAUUUCCCAUUCCAGCUUCAUAUUGGUGUGGUAGUUCUAUAUCAUGUAACUAUCAAAAGCACGGCUCUGUGGAAUGCUUGUUUCACAAUGAGAUCUCAAGAUUCCUAAGCAUAUAUAUGUAAUCUGAUAGCAAACCAGCCAUUUUAGCGAUCAUGAUCUGGCUCUGGUGAAGUUUCCCAACCCCCCCCU